AUGUCUGCUGAAGCUCCUCGUCUCCGUCUUGGCUCUGCCGCCCCCAACUUCAAGGCCGUCACCACCAAAGGUGAGCUCGACUUCCACGAGUACAUUGGCGACUCGUGGGUGAUCCUGUUCUCGCACCCCGAUGACUUCACCCCCGUCUGCACGACCGAGCUCGGCGCGUUCGCCAAGCUCGAGCCCGAGUUCAACAAGCGCAACGUGAAGCUCAUCGGUCUGUCUGCGAACUCGCUCGAGUCGCACGCGGAGUGGAUCAAGGACAUCGACGAGGUCGCGGGCUCGCACCUGUCGUUCCCGAUCAUUGCCGACGCGGACCGUCAGAUCUCGUACCUGUACGACAUGCUCGACUACCAGGACGUGACCAACCGCGACGGCAAGGGUCUGCCGCUGACCAUCCGCUCGGUGUUCAUCAUCGACCCCAAGAAGACGAUCCGUCUUAUCUUGACGUACCCUGCCUCGACCGGCCGCAACACGACCGAGGUGCUCCGUGUGAUUGACUCGCUGCAGGCGACUGACAAGUACAAGGUCGCGACUCCCAUCAACUGGGUUCCCGGCGACGAGGUCGUUGUCGCUGCCUCGAUCUCGAACGAGCAGGCUGACAAGCUCUUCCCUGGAUACAAGGCCGUCAAGCCUUACCUCCGUCUUACUUCGCUCCCCAAGGAGGAGUAA